GUCUAUUUUGAUCGAUCUGCAAAUCAAAGUCAGAAAAGAGCUUUCCACUUUCUUCACUUAUGAAAAUAAAUAUACUCUCUCAUCGAGCUCAUUUACUUCAUUGCGUCGACUUAGUUUUCAGCUUGGGCUGUACCUUAUCCUUUCGAAUUUGACAAUAUAUUUAUCAAUUUCAUAUAGAAAAUCCACGAAUCAAAUGAUCCUUGGAACUAAACACCCAAAAGAUGACGAAUACUAAUUUAGUAUUCAAAACGAUGAAAUUUGCAUCGUGAACAAUUAUGCCGUGGAUUGCAAGAACAAAAUAUGUGGUGGCAUUGCAAAGAAAUAAUAAGAUUACAGAUGAGAGAAAUGAAUGAUGAUUUGAAAAGACCAACAACCAUAGUUGAAAAAUGUAAAUUGGAUAAAAUAUUUAUUUUUCCCCCUCAUCUUGAACUACUCCUCUUUGAGAAAAGUAAAGGGCAAGACAAGAUGGCUGAAUUCUUGUGGACAUUUGCUGUUCAAGAGACGUUGAAGAGAACGGUGAAAGUUGCUGCUCAGAAAAUUUCUAUUGCUUGGGGUUUGGAAGAUGAGCUUUCAAAGCUAAGCAAAUGGCUACUCGACGCCGGAGCCCUUUUGCGCGAUAUAGAUAUGGAAAUACUACGCAACGAAUCGGUGAAGAGAUGGGUAGAUGGCCUUGAAGAUAUCGUUUGUGAAGCUGAGGAUCUUUUGGAUGAGCUUUCUUAUGAAGAUCUUCGACGAAAUGUGGAAACAACUUCAAGGGUAUGUAAUAAUUUCGCAUGUUCCUCUGUUCUUAACCCUCUUGUUCGUCAUGAUAUGGCCAAUAACAUGAAGAAAAUUACUAAAAUGUUAAAAGAACAUUAUUGCAACUCUGUUCCUUUAAGGCUUGUUGGGAAGAAAUCCAUGGAGAAAGAAAACGAGGGUAAUAAUCUUAGGCAGAUUAGAGAAACGACUUCGAUUCUCAAUUUUGAUGUUGUGGGAAGGGAAACUGAAGUUUUAGACAUAUUGAGAUUGGUGAUUGGCUCUAGCAGUGAUGACUACGAGCAUCCUUUGUUGAUUAUACCGAUUGUAGGGAUGGGUGGAGUAGGAAAAACAACUUUGGCAAAGUUGGUUUUUCGUCAUGAGUUGAUCAAGAAACAUUUUCAUGAAACAAUAUGGAUAUGUGCGUCGGAACGCUUCGACAUCAACGAGAUUUUGGUAGCAAUUUUGGAAAGUUUAACGGAUAAAGUUCCAACCAAAAGGGAAACUUUACUUCGAAGGCUUCAAAAGGAGUUGCUAGACAAAAGAUGUUUCCUUGUUUUGGAUGAUGUUUGGAAUGAAAAUUCUAAGUUGUGGGAAGAGUUAGAAGAUUGUUUGAAAGAGAUAGUUGGGAAAUUUGGAAUCACCGUUAUGGUAACUACAAGGUUGGAUGAAGUUGCAAACAUUAUGGGGACGGUUUCCGGUUAUCGUUUGGAAAAAUUACCCAAAGAUCAAUGUUGGUCCUUAUUUAAGAGAAGUGCAAAUGCAAAUGGAGUAAAAAUGACUCCAAAGUUGGAGGCUAUUCGAAUAAAGUUGCUUCAAAAAAUUGAUGGCAUACCGCUAGUUGCAAAAGUUUUGGGAGGGGCCGUGGAAUUUGAAGGAGACAUUGAUAGAUGGGAGACCACACUUGAAAGUGUAGUAAGAGAAAUUCCAAUGAAACAAAAAAGUUUUGUGUUAUCGAUAUUACAAUUAAGUGUGGACCGUCUACCCUUCGUGGAAAAACAGUGUUUCACCUAUUGCUCAAAUUUUCCUAAAGAUUGUGAAAUUGUCAAAGAAAACUUGAUUAGAAUGUGGAUAGCACAAGGGUUUAUUCAACCACAAGAAGGAGAAAACACAAUGAUGGAGGAUAUGGGAGAAGUGCACUUCAACUUCCUAUUAUCUCGCUCCUUAUUUCAAGAUGUUGUCAAGGAUAAGUAUGGGAGAAUUACUCACUUUAAGAUACAUGAUCUAAUACAUGAUGUUGCCUUUGCCAUUUCGUCAAAUCAUCAAAAGUUGGUAUUAGAUCCUACUCAUUGUAAUGGGAAAAUGACAAGAAAGUUGCGCACCUUAAUUUCCUAUAACCAAGAGUUCCAUGAUAAGCUUGCAGACUGUCUUUUCUUGCGUGUUUUAGAAGUGAAUUCCUUACUGAUGAAUAGCUUACCAAACUUAAUUGGUAAGUUGAAACACUUGAGAUACCUCGACAUUUCAUUAUGUCCAAGGUGGGUUCUUCCCAAUGCUAUUACGACGCUUUACAAUUUGCAAACACUAAAGCUUGGAAGUAUAGAAAAUGUUCCAAGGAGUUUGAGAAAUUUGGUUAGAUUACGACAUCUAGAUUUCCAUGACGAUUACAAUAUAAGGCAAAUGCCAUCUCAUAUGGGUGAGCUGAUUCAUCUUCAAACGUUGUCUGGGUUUGUAGUAGGGUUUGAGGAAGGUUGUAAAAUUGAAGAACUUGGAAAUUUGAAAAAUUUGAAGGGUCAAUUGCGACUUUCAAAUCUCGAGCAAGUGAAAAGUAAAGAAGAAGCAAUAGCUGCGAAAUUGGCCGAUAAGAAGAAUUUACGUGAGCUAACAUUUGAAUGGAGUAUAGACUUUUUAAGAGAAGGUAGCAACUACAAUGACUCAGAAGUUUUGGAGGGACUUCAACCACACAAAAACCUCUGUUCUUUGAAAAUUACCAACUUUGGAGGGAAAUUUUUGCCUACUGCUACUUUUGUCGAAAAUUUGAUGUUCCUAUGUUUGUAUGGUUGUACAAAAUGUGAAAGGCUUCCAGUACUUGGACAAUUACCCAACUUGAAAGAACUUGGAAUUUGUUUCAUGGAUAGUGUGAGAAGUAUAGGGAGCGAGUUUUAUGGAAACGACUCCAACCAAAGGGAUUAUUUUCCCAAGUUGAAGAAAUUUGACUUAGGUUGGAUGUGCAACCUAGAGCAAUGGGAAUUAGAAGUGGCAAAUAAUGAAUCAAAUCAUUUUGGUUCUCUUCAAACUCUAAAGUUGGAUAGAUGUGGCAAAUUGGCAAAACUGCCAAAUGGAUUAGAAUGUUGCAAAUCUGUUCAUGAUGUGAUAAUAUCCAGCUGUCCUAACCUUACCUUAAAUGUAGAGAAGAUGCAUAACCUGUCUGUUUUAACAAUAGAUGAGUUAAAAAAGUUACCAAAGGGAUUAGCUCGCCUCCCUAACUUAAAGACGAUGAUGAUUACAGGAUGCAUACAGGAUUAUGAUUAUAGCCCUUUCCUGCACUUGCCUUCUCUUACGAAACUUUAUUUGAAUGAUGGCCUGAGAAAUGCAACUCAACUUCCUCAACAACUUCAGCAUCUCACUGCCUUGAAGAUUUUAGCCAUCGAAAAUUUUCAUGGCAUUGAAGUUCUUCCUGAAUGGUUGAAAAAGCUUACAUGUUUGGAAACUUUGGAUCUGGUUCGUUGCAAAAAUCUGAAACAAUUGCCUUCAAGAGAAACCAUGCUAUGCCUCACCAAAUUAAAGGAUUUCAAAGUUAUGGGAUGUCCGUCGUUGCUACUUGGGGGCCAAGCUGACCGAGAAGGUGCCAAAUUUACCGAUAUUCCAGCCUAUCUUUUUCAUGUAUACCAAUCUAGAGGAAGCCCUCUUUCCAAAACCUCUUCCAUCUAAAGCCUGUAUUAUUGUAUUCAAUGGCAUCCUUUGCCUCAUCAUUCUGAACUUUCCCAUAACCAUUCUUAUUUGGUUGGUGUCUUGCAAGACCUGGUGAAAUCUUUACACUCCUCCACAAGUGCCUCAUUGGCCAUCUCUUCAAGGAGAAGAUUGUAAGGUGGAAAUUGCAUUUGAAAUGGGUGUGAUGGGAUAUAUGAAUGAUAUGGUUUUAGCCCCAUUUGGUAACCAUUUAGUUUUUAGUUAUAGCUUUUAAAAAUUAAGUCUAUAGACACUAUUUUUACCAUCAAAUUUUUUCCUUUGUUAUCUUCUUUUUACCAAUGGUUUAGAAAACUA